AUGACUAUUGAAUCGCUGUCGGACCCAACCGAUAUCCAGAUCCACUCCUCGCGGGCCUACAGAUCAAACUUUCUGAUGCCCAAGUCCUCAUACUUCAAUGUGAACAUAACCAUCAAUCACUGGCAGUUAAAAGACUUGGUGUGCCGAUCAUCCUCCUCGAAUUCGAUAUAUUUCCCUUCAGGCACAAAAGUCAGCCGCUUAGACUUCGACCCACAAAGUCCUGUGAGUCUUUCAAAAAAGCAAGAUCACCUCAAGCAUGCACGGCUGACGGCAAAACAAUCGGAGGCUAUCUCUAAUCCUUCUUCCAACGUUUUCAUCGAUGCUUCCAGCCACGUUGAUCCCUUGGUGGCCAAUUUUGAGAGCUCGCCGCGAUGUCUGAAGGAAGCUGGUGGUGUGGUUGUGGUAGGGGGUGUCGUUAAUACUUCGAGGACGCCCGUUCAUUCGUCUGGUGGUGCUGGUAAUGCUACAAGCAAUAAUACUACUUAUCGCGCACCAGGUAAAUGGAAAGGCCUCUUUGGAAUACAUGUUAAUGAAACAGGCUAUUCGGAAAAUGGCCACAUCGGUACCUUAAUCAACAACAGUGUCACCAUUAAUAAAAUCAGCAACACGUGCUAUCGGUCAUUGGUGUGUAAUAACGACCAGAACCUCUAUAUUGUCGAUGUUUUGAACCGUGGAGAUGGCUUGGCACCAGAAUUCAGUGUCAAUAUGGGUGUCGCUUUGAAUCAUGCUUCGCUGUCGCCAGAUUUGAAGACCAUUGUUACUUUAGGCGACAGCUCAAGGAUCUUUGUGCUUCAUCCAGAAGAGAACUUGAGAGAUAUCACCAAUCGAGAGGUUAUUUCUACUCAAUCCGACUGUGGCUUUUCUACGAGUUGGAACGACUCGGGCUACCAGUUUUCGGCUUGCUUUCAGGAAGGUGUUAAUUUCAUAUACGAUAUUCGUCACAUGGCUAGACCCAUGCACGAGAUCUAUUCAACAAGGAGGCAGUCACAGAACGGAGCAUUUCGUGUCUGUAAGUAUAGCUCGGGUACAGAUGAUCUAUUGUUUAUUUCGGAGCAUCAAGGAAGGGUCCACGUAGUUGAUACACGUGACUUCAUGACUCAUCAAGUGGUUCUGCUCCCCAAAAUGUUGUACGACUAUGAGGAAGGCUACUAUAAUCAACCAAUAGUAAAAGAUUACCAGGAUGUUUGUGAUAUCCAGAACGAAUUAGGAUAUCUUUCGAGCAGUCGCCGGUUCAUUGCAGAUGUUGAUGUUGACAGGUUACAUAAUUCCAAGUUCUUCAAGUAUACUUCAGAUAGCUGUCCUAAGAGGUAUCCUGCAACAUCAUCUGCCGCCGCUGCUGCUGCUGCUGCUGCUGCUAAGAACGAUCUGAAACAAUCCACAUAUGAUCCCUUGAUGCAUUCGACAUAUCUUCGGGGCACGGGUACUGGAACUUUGGCUACUACAGUUAGCAGAAACUCUAGAGGAGGUUCUUCGGAGUCCAGUGACAAACUGAAGUCACCUCUGACUGAUCCGUUCUACUACUUAGACUCGGAAUUGGAAAUAUGUGGCUUGGAGGUUUUGGGAAAUAGUCAAUAUGGGGAUGGAAGACGCUCUUUGGUGAUAGGUACAGAGGAUGGAUUGGUUCAUUGGAAUAUUGACAGUUGGAAGCGUCGCUGCUUUCCAUCUUACGAGUUAGCGUAA